CUUCCGUAUAAUCCCUCCCUCCCAUCGACUCGAUCCUGCCCCGAUCGACUCGCUAUUCCAGCCAAACUAAUCCCUUCUCGUGGUCUCCAUUCCUACUCCGGGCCAUCCCUUCGCAAAUCGCACGCUCAUUGGACAAUCCCGUCCCACUUCUCCCGGGACCGUUUCGUCUCUUUUGUCGCGACAUGGCCGGUCCCUCCAAGUCGCCCAACAGGUUCCCCUCGGUGUCUGUCGUCGUUCCCAAGAUGGAGAUGCCCCUGAAGCAGCCCCCUACGCCGUCUCAGCCUAAGGGUACUGUCCCCAAGGCAGCCGCUCCUCCGCAAACCCAAGCCAUCCCGCCCCACAACCACCCGUCCGCCGUCGCAACCGCUCCUCCAAAUGGCAUGGCGACUCCCAUCUCAGCACCGCAGGUUGCACCUCAACCGGGAAACAUGUCUGCCCCGGCCGAUACACCAAUAAGCGAGACCGCGCUCCGCGAUUCCGAAAUGCAGCUCGUCUCGUCUCUCGCCAAACUCCAGAAACUCGAGACCAGCAUCCACCAGCUUCGCGACCUGCUGCCCGAUCGUCUGCUGGACCCGUUACUUCCCAUCCUCAAUCCCAGGGUGCUGAAAGAACGCGCCCUUCCCAAGUCGCCGCAGGCACUGCUCCAACAGCUCUCACAAACGGCGCGGGCUGGCGUCGCGGAGGUCAAUGAUCUCGGGGCGACGUGGCGCGGAGACGAGAUGAAGCCCGUGUGGGAUCGGGUUCAGGGCAAUAUCAGAGAGAAUGGUGGGCAGCUGCUGCAGCCGACGGGAAUGUGGGAGCGGGAUUACAAUGUUUUGCUCGAGGAGCUGGAGGCCGAGGAGAAAGAGAGGAGGGAGCAGCAAGCCCGGGAGGAGGAGGAGGCGGAGCGGUCGAGGAUCCAGACGAUGGAAGGCGGGUGGAAGGCAGUCGUGGACGCGUUUGUUCAGCGGCGGACUCCGGGCGUCAAAGCAUUGGUUAGCCAGGAACGGACCGCCGUGGAGGUUGUGCUUGUCAAGGCUGGGAUGGCCUUCUCUGUGCGUCCGGCGGACGGGAGUGAUGGGAGUGGGGUGCCUGAUUGGGAGGUCGAAAGUAAGAGCAAGUCUCAGCCGGCUGUGACGAAGCUGGAGAGUGCCGUGGCGGACUGUUUGAAUGCUUGUCCGCGCCGGUGGGAUCUGGCGUAUUUGUUGGACCUGAUCUCUUCAUACUCCGAUAUCAAGCAGCGGCCCUGCGUCAAAUGCGGCCAGGUGAUGGACCAGUCCGCACGCCUGCCGACUAUCCGCCAACCACAGCAGACUCAAUCCGAUGGACAGACAAAUACAGCCUGGGAGGCAUAUCAUCCGAAUUGUAUCUGACCAAGUUUAUUCGAAACGACAGACGAUAAUAGCACCAAAUAUACGAACCUACAUCAAUAAGCAAAAAAGCGACCAAAGUACCGCAUAAGCGCUGUCUAUCAAUUCCCAUCCACCGCAUCGUGAUAACGCAAAGCCGGAUACUCCCUACCACGACAACCCUCGUACCUCUC